GACAGCGAGCGCUUCUGCCUUCUCACACACCAUCUGGUUGUCUUCAAGGAUACAAUAACCACACGGCAAGAUGUGCAAAGGAUUAGCAGCCUUGCCCCACACAUGUCUGGAGAGAGCCAAAGAAAUCAAGACAAAGUUAGGCACGCUCCUCCAGAAGCCAGACUCUGCUAUUGACCUGAUUAUCCCUUACCCAGAGAAGCCAGCAAAGGUUCAAAAACCUUCCCCAGAAGAAGCUUGGCAGUGGCACAAUUCCUUGGAAAAGCUCCUUCAAAACCCUUAUGGCCUUUCCAGCUUCCGGAUUUUCCUCCAAUCUGAAUUCAGUGAAGAGAACAUUGAAUUCUGGAUUGCGUGUGAACAUUAUAAGAAGACCAAACCGCCUACCAAAAUGACUGAAAAGGCCAAAAAGAUCUAUGAAGAGUUCAUCCAAAGUGAGGCUCCGAAAGAGGUGAAUAUUGACCAUUUCACCAAGUCAGUGACCAUGAAGAAUCUGGUGGAACCAUCUAUAAGCACUUUUGACCUAGCCCAGAAGAGAAUCUUCAUGCUGAUGGAGAAGGAUUCUCUGCCCAGAUUUGUGCGAUCCAACUUAUAUGAAGAAUUAGUAAAGUAGCAGUGUGGCGAGCUGUGCAAAGCAUUGGUACAUCAACACAGGGUCAUUGACUCCCCCAAUCACCAGUAAUCAACAUGUCUUAUUUAUAUGGAUAGUUGCUUUGCUUUGUAUUUAUUCCAGGCUUUGAAAACUCAAAGUCUGUGUUGUUAAACAUGACUAGCAUGACUUAGAUGAGGGAAUACAAAACAAAAAUACAACAAAACAAAAAUACAAAAUGUCUUUUGCUUUUUAGAUAUUCUUUCAGUGAACUGUACUUCAUAUUACUACCAGAAAUAAUGCUCUCAUUAUUAGUUUUAGUUCAACAAUUUAAUGGGUGAAUAUCUCAUUUGACUGCAUCCUUUUCUGAUGACAGCUACUAUUUGCUAUGUUGUUAUGGACUGGUAAAUACCAGCAUUUGCUACAUAUAAUAAGGAAAUAUUUAACAACAUAUCCCUCAAAUGAAACCAAGUACCCUAAUAUGAGAAUCCUUGAAUUAUAUUUGCAAUUUGUAGCAAGAAGGGGAUGAUU